AUGGGUGAUGCACUAUGCGGCCCGUCGAAUGCGCUGCAGAACUUCCAGAAGCACACGGCCGUUGAUCGGACCUUGCAGCAGGAUCGCUUAAUCUCCAGACAGCCCUCGGCUCAGGGUUUCCGAUCACAAAGCCCGCGGGAUGGCAUCCUGGAUCCCGAAUUCGCGGCAUUCGAAGCCACCCACGGAGUUCCGGCCAACCUGCCAGAUCUUCAACAUCCAGCUCACUUUGGAGCCCCGGUGCAGCAUCCUGCCACCGCACACCCAGGCCCGAAUUGGACGUCAGAUUUCCAGAACCUACAUAUCUCCGGGCCAGCGCCACCCCAGUUACAUGCGCCGGCUAUUGCGCCAGCCCAAGCCGGAUGGCAGAAUGAAUUUAUGAGUCAGCAGCAUCAACAGCGUGCUGUAACAAACCAUGUACAGGCACAGCAGCCGGUAAAUCAUGCAUUUCAGCCUGCCUUUGCAUCUGGCUACCCGAUGUACAAUGCGUCUAUGAUGAAUACCCACCAAGUCCAACAGCAAGCCCCGAUGAUGAAUGCUGCACCAGCAGAACAAUUUGACGAUUCUGCCUUUGAGGCAGCCUUUGAACAAGCUCGAGCCGAUAUGCAGGAGUUGCAAGAGCCCGAAAUUACGGCGGAGACCGAAACACUUACCUCCGAGGAAGCCACCCAACUUGAUCCUGCCGCGAAGGUUCACGAAGAAAUCAGAAUUGGCUCCGACACCAUUCUUCAGAUGGAACAGCAAGACUCGCUUACACGAACUCGAGACGCGGAUGCCCUUGCACAAACUGCGGGCCAGCUCCUCGACAGCGUCCGCCAUGAACAAGACCAGAAGUUCCAACAAAGCAACUUCCUAGCACUGAUGCGGCGAAUUCGUGAUCGGGAGGUACAAGUGGAGGGAGACGAAUUCCGCGAAGUCAGUAGCAACCCGUAA